CUUCUUCUCUUCUCUCUCUUGCUCUCUCAGGUACUGGUCCUCAGCGCCAUGAACAAGAUGAAGAACUUUAAGCGACGUUUCUCUCUGUCCGUCCCUCGCACCGAGACCAUCGAGGAGAACGAGUUCACUGAGCAAAUCAACCAGCUGAACAUCCAACACACUCAGGGUAAGACCUCUAACACUGCCUUGCACUGCCCAAUACUGCCUUGCACUGCCCAACACUGCCUGUCCAACACUGUCCAAUGAUGCACAGCAAAUCCUCUCCUCUAUCCUCCUUGUCUCCAGUGGGUCUUGCUGUUAUGAGCGUUGCUAAUGAAUGACAGCAUAUUGGGACUAUAUUUAGAAACAGGAAGCUCAAAGUCCUGAUCCCAGAUCUUACAUUACAUUAUACUACUUCCUCCUCCAUCCCUCCCUGCAUUUAUUUAUUCAUCCCUUUAUUAAUGGAUCAGGCCAUUCUUAAAUCAGUUUGUAAUCAAACAAACCACCAGCCCAGUCAUCUCUGUACCAGCCCCACUCUGUCCCUACAGCCUGUACAGCACAAAUUUCCAGCUAAGGGAAGGCUGCAGUUUGAUGAGGUUAUGACACACAUUUACACAAGCUCUGAGUGGAGAGAUAGAGGAGAGGAGGAGGAGAAAGAGAGGUGUGUGUGAGAGAGGACAGGAGAGUGAGAGAGAGAGAAAGAGAGGGAGAGAGAGAGAGAGACAAAGAGAGAGAGGGGCGGAAUAGUGAGAGGGGGUGCUGGGAGCUGAGGCUGAUGGGGAUUAGCAGUGUUCAAGACACAUUUAUACAAGCCCAUCUCCCUCGCUGUGGGCCACUGUGUCAGAGUAACAACCAUCCUUUCAUCUGGCACUAGUCUGCCCUGCAACGGUGAAAGAAAACCUUUUAACCAUUGUGUUCUGGUGUUCAUGGUGUUCUUUAGGCUCUCUGUCAAUCCAGACAUUCUACCCUUCACAACCCCUUCUUCCACCACGGCCUCUUUCAGACAAUAACUGAACAAAGAUUUCAUGAAAUAAUCAUUGAUUUCCGCCACAGUGAAUCAGGGCGAUGCUGUCCAACUUUCUGUCCAUGUUUGGAGAGUGACGGACUUGGCUGACAUUUUUCCCAGGAUUAACCACAUUCCCUGGACAUUACCUAACAUUCCUUUCAACUCCUAAUGAGGUUGGGAUACAACAUCAGCAACACAACCUUUCCUAGACUCUCAAAGAAUGAAUUGUAUCUUGAUGUGAAAAAAACAAUCAAAUUCCCUGACACUGAAAUACCAGAACACACAACAAGCUUGUCACAUGCAUCAGAGCAGCUGUCUUUACAGUGGUCAUGUAUUUAUUGUUUCUAAUAGAUAUUUAUUGCAAACAAAAAGAGAAACACAAUCAGCUCACAGAUCAGAAUGACUAUAUAUAGGUGUGUCACGGAUCCCCCCGGUACUGCUGCUCAUUCCGUUCACCAGCUCCGGAGGUCUACGUCACCGGCUUUCUAGGCGUCACUGACAUGGAUUAUUACCACCAACCCCGGACUGUGUUGUCUCAUUACGCACACUUGGUUCCCAUUCCCCCUGAUUAGUAUGUGUAUAUAUGUGCCCUCUGUUCCCCGUUGUUCUUGUCGAUUAUUGUCCCAUGUCCGUUGGUCUCGUAAGUACCGGUGAUAGUGCUCUUGUUGUUUACGGGUCUCGUCCCGUGUAUUGUGUAGAGGUUACACCUCGCUCUUUGUUUGGGUUACAUCCCGGUGUGAUAUAUAUAUACUGUACGUGUUUGUGUUGGGUGGAGUAAAUAAAAUCCCUAAUAUGAAUUCCUGCGCCUGUCUUCUAUUCAUUAUACAACGUGACAAGGUGUAUAUCCUUAAGGCAGCUUUAUCAACAUAAUAUCCCCUUCAGUCGCCUGUCUCAGUAGGUAAGCAGCUGUGUCAUACUUUAAAAAACGAAAAAGUCAAUAAGUCACGCUUGAGUGAGGCUGAUGAAUUCAUUAUCAUACCUUACAGGCUAACACACACUCACACGUGUGUAUCAGGGAGGCCACCCGUCCGCCUGCCAGUCUAAUCUUUAAGUCAAUCUAAUACAGCAACCUAGUUUAUAUCCAGCGCAGCUUCACUAUAUGAAAUCAUCAUUUUGAUACGCUAACAAGUGUACUGAUGGAAAGAUGAAUGUAAUUAAAUAAGUUAGAUCAUCACAUCAAACACUGUCAUACUAAAUUUGACCAGGGCCAGUGAGAGAAGAAUGCAUGCCCCAUCGGUAGAAAACAUCGUAGUAGCCUACAACCAUAAGCUUCAUUAGAAAUGCCACUCUGAGAGGACAACAGUCAGCAGACAGCUCCUGUCUUGAGUUAGAGUUUCCUACCUGGCCAUGUAAGAGCCUUUCAGUCUGCCCUUUAAUACAUUAUUCACUUCAUCAUAUGUCCUAUAUAAUCUCCCAUUUUAGAUAGGAUAGGACUAGAACACACAUUAUUUUAAAGAUACACAUAGGUUGAUGUCUCUGUACCCUCUCAUCAUAAAGAACAAUUUUAUUGUGAACACUGCUUUCCUCCCCCUGAACCUGCACACAAACAAAAACACAACUACAAACAAACUGGCUCACACUCAAUCUCUCUCCUUCUUUGGGGACAUGGCCUUACAUAAAGACAGGUAUUGACAUCUUGUGGUCCACUUAUUGGAUUGUCCUUUUCCAAACAAGCUGUCUUAUAUCUUUGUGUUUGUUUGUUUGUUUGUGUGUUUGUGUUGUGUGUGUGUGUGUGUGUGUGUGUGUGUGUGUGUGUGUGUGUGUGUGUGUGUGUGCACGUGUCUCGCAUGCCCUGACCCCAGUUACAAGCAGACAGAUCAAAGGGUUGCUGUAACUGUGAUAUUUAAAUGACGAGCCAGCUCCCUUUCUUUCUUCCCCUCUCUCUCUCUAUCGUUCUGUGCCCACUCAUAGCAGGAAUAUUAAUCAAACUAAGAUGUCAUGAUAGCUAUCAUUCUCACCAUUCAUCUAUCACUGCUUCAUUCCAUCCAAUUCCCUCUCUCUCGCCUUCAUUGAUCUCUCUAUCUCUAUUCCAUCUCUCUAUCGCUCUUUUGCCCUAUUUAUUUUUGUCACCUUAUUUUUCUAACACUGUUAAGUGAGCUGGUUAGGUACUUGCCUCCUGCCUAUGAAUAAUUACCUUUUAGUUAAACUCAAAUCUACCAUCUAAAUCUCCAUCAUCAUCAUUUGUGUGUAUGUACACCAGAAAUGGUAUCUGUGUUUGCAGACACAAGUGUGUGUGUGUGUGUCUGUGUGUAGGAGUAGCCAGGACUGUUGAAUAUCUACUAAUAAAAGGAAGGCUGUGGGUGCAGGAAUAAAUAUUAAUGGCUGAGCUAUCUGUCAGAGCGAGAAGGAGACAAGAGAAGGAAACAGAGAAAGAGAGGGGGGGGAGAGAGAGAAGGAGACAGAGAGAGAGGAGAGGGGGGCGGAGAGAGAGGAUAUUUCUCUCUGUUUAGCCCUAUCCUCACAUGCUUUUGUUAGCAAUCAGUGUCCCCAUGGAAACAAAGAGUUAAAGAGCUCACUGCAGACUACAUCAAACAGGCCAGGAGGCAAACGGCUGAACACAUACACACGAACGUGCAGAGGCACACACACACACACUAGCAACGGUCAUCGAAAUUGUUAAAAGAUUUUUAAAACAAUCCUAAUAAAUGCAACAGUUGGACAAUGAUACUCAUUUGUACAUUUUUAUUUUUUGUCAUUUAGCAGACACUCUUUUCCAGGCGACUUACAGUAGUGAAUGCAUACAUUUUCAUACCGUUUUCGUACUGGUCCCCCAUGGGAAUUGAACCCACAACCCUGGCAUUGCAAACGCCAUGCUCUACCGACUGAGCCACAUGGGACUACAUUUGUUUAUGUUUAUAAUCCAUCAGCUAUUGACUGAAAUAUAGCACAUAAGACAUUUUACUGGCACAGACAAAUAAUGAAUGGAGUUCAGGGAUUUUAGUGAGAAUUCAGGUAUUCAAUUUAUUGUCAAAUUGCACAAUAAAAAAGUUUUGCACUUAUAUAUUUGAUGUUUUUUUUUUGUACGAGGUAUUUUUUGAUGUUUUGUGUUAAAAUAAGGAAAAUUAUAUGUGCCUCAUUUGUAUUGGCAUAUAUGAAAACAUUAACAUAAAGGGGAGGAACAGAGCUACAACCACCAAACACUUGCUCUAUCUAGGUUGCCUCAUUAAUUACUGUUGUUGUCAUGUUCUCUUGCAUAAUUCAACAAGUGUGUCAAUAGCAGGAUACCCUCGGAUUAAACAUCAAUACGCUUGGCUCUAGAUUACACCUAUCUAUACAAACUUUACAUUGUUUGCGAGAUCAGACAUAAUAUCACUAUAAUCCGAGUGUUGAUUUUCGGAACUUGCUUUCAUUUCAGCGCAUCUAAUUUGUAAACAUUUCAACUGUAUUAAAUCAUUACUUUUUUCAAUUCCACAAAAAAUGAACACCCAUCAAAACAAAGGUAUCUAUCUUCUCUUUCUUGUGAUGUAAGUGUCGAGACGGUGCGUUAAAUCCCAUACAAAGCAUGAGCAUUCUUAUAGAUUCAAUGGAAAGCCAAUGUAUUCCAUUGAGCCCAUUUCAGCCAUUACCGGGGGCUGUGUUUGACAGGUCAUUACAAACAUUUCUGCGGUCGUAACGUUAACGGGGAAAAAAUACAGAGUCGCAGGAGUAAAAUGAAAGCAAUCAAUCCAGCGAGAUUUAAGUGACAAGUGGAUUUUGCACCCCUCAAACACAGGAAAUAAAUGGCUGAAAAAGACAGAUCCUCAAGUGGGCGGGGCAUGCGCGUUGCUACACACACACACACAUCAAAUCACUAUACACACAUAGGCGCACACACGUAUCCACAUUCACACAUAUACACAUAGGUGUCAGUCGGUGUGUGGUGGAAGAGACACAUAUCCACUCCAAACACACCCAACAGCAGCGAGACCAACAAUCCAUUCACACACAGGAUCAAACCAGGGCUGAAACACUCCACCAUGAGCUGUUCAAAGAUCUGACACAGUUACACAUGCACACACUUCCACACUGUAUAGCUGAUGCAGCCUUGUGUAGUGUCCAGACUGAAAGAGUGCUGUAUUGUUGAUUCGUAAAGAGUAAUUGUCCACUCAAUCUGCUGUGUACAACACUGAAGAGGAUAGAUUGUUAAAGCAAGCCUGUGUGUGUGUGUGUGUGUGUGUGUGUGUGUGUGUGUGUGAGGCUACAAUAAGUAUUUAUCAGUAUCUGUGUUACGUUUUCUAUAACACUAAAGUGUAUGUUGUCUAUCUCUCUGUCUAACCUGCAGCACUGACUCCAGACAGCCUGACCCUGCCGUCGCUACACCCUGAGGCCAGUCCCAGUCCAGUGAGCCCUGAGCCAGCCACGCCCGGAGCACAGUCCCCCUCCCAGCUCCAGUACCGCAGCAAAGCACCACACCGACGCUUCUCUAUGGAGGUGAAACAGGGAGGGAGAGUUAAGAUUUUCAUAUUGACAGGCCAAUUAGUAUAGUAUAGCUCAAAACACCAAUCUGAAAGGAACUGCUAUACUGAGAGAGACACUAAGUAAAUAUAGCCUCCUGUACAAAUUAGAUAACACUUUACUUGAAGGGGGUAUACAUAAGGCAUUCAUAAAACCAUUAUGAAACCAGUCAUAACACCAUUAUGACAUCAUAAGAGCUACUGACUGGGUUCCUCUCCUCCCUCUCCAAGCUGAGUGGCCUUAACAUCCUCUCAGCCUCAGAGCAGUAGUAGCUGCUACACAGCCCACAGGGAAUUACAAGCCAUCGUCUGAAUUUUCUUUCUUUACCGUCUCUCGCUUUCUUUCUUCUUCUUCUUCUUUUUUGGUUCCACUAAACCCAGCCAUGCCAGAUACCUUUAGUGAGAGAAUUCAGCUGUCUUACUUUUCAACAAAAAUAACUGCAAACACAUAUGUUUGUGCACGCAGAAAUGAGCACACACACACACACCCUGGGGAAAUUCACAUACACACAAAAACUUUAUUUUAGAUAGUUCCAGACAUGUAUUACAGGGGGAAGUGUGAGAUAGAAAGUCACUCACAGGAGAAACUGUGUCAGAGGGUGAGAGACUGGGAGAAGAGAUUAAUUUAAAAGAGGUUUGAUAAAUCUCGCCCUACAUUCAAACAGGUCUCCAUUCAUACAGAAUAGACCCACAGAGAGAAGAUUACAUUCUCAAACCAAUGCUUGUCUAAUCAUCCCUAGCUUUAAAUAGCCACAAUCUCUCCUCACCUGUACACUGUGAUAACCUUUGUCUGGCGAUGAACGUUCUGGUGCAAUGUGUCAUUAAUCAUGUGAGAAUAUUGCCCAUUUAUGAUGUGUGUAUAUUGACAAAUAAUGAUUGAUUAUGUGUGAGUAUUGCAUAUUGAUGACUGAUUAUUGAUUAUCUGCAGGACGUGAGUAAGCGUAUGUCUCUGCCCAUGGACAUCCGCCUGCCUCCAGAGUUCCUCAAGAAGCUGCAGAUGGAGAGGGAGAUGGAGAGUGAGAACAACUCUCCUCCCUGCAAACCCCUCAGCCGCAUGUCCCGACGGGCUUCACUGGUUAGUACCCCAUACCUCGUACCCCUAUACCUCAUACCCCUAUACCCUAAUACACCCAUACCCUAAAUCAAACCCCUCAGACGCAUGUCCCUACGGGCUUCACUGGUCAGUAUCACAUACCCGUACCCCUAUAUACCGUAAUACACCCAUACGUCAAUACCCAUGGACAUCCGCCUGCCUCCAGAGUUCCUCAAGAAGCUGCAGAUGGAGAGGGAGAUGGCGAGUGAGAACAACUCUCCUCCCUGCAAACUCCUCAGACGCAUGUCCUGACGGGCAUCACUGGUCAGUACCCUGUACCCCCCAUACCCCAAUAGCCUAAUAUACCCAUACCCCAAUACCCAGUAGACUACCCCCUAUACCCAAUAUCACAGUAUCCCAAUACCAUGAUCCCUAAACCAUAUGGUCAUAACCAUACAUAUAUCAAUUUACCAGUCAUAACCCUACAGCACAGUUACCCUACACAUAACUAACCAAUAUCCCAAUACUGUAAUAAUACCCUAUUGACCUAACUAUAGUAGGCUACCUUAUGUGUUUUUCCAUGCAGUCUGACAUUGGCUUUGGAAAGCUGGAGACGUACGUGAAACUUGGCAAACUGGGAGAGGUAAGUGUGUGUCGCUAUGGUUAUGCUCUUUCAGAUGCAGUUCAAGGCACACAUCCAGCUGAUUUAAUAGGUGCAGGAUACAGAGAAUAGCAUGUGAAAAGAAAGGAGAAACUUGAAAGUAAAGGUGUGUGGGUAUUCCCAGUGUGUGGGUAUUCACCUUCCCUUUUACCUCAUCUAGCUCCCUUAAGAAAGUCUAACAGGAGACAAGUGAGUCAACACAGUCUCUGGGGACCUACUGGGUUUCACCAAUCUACAAUAGCUGGAUAGGUGUAAGCAAUCCCCCUACUUAGUUUCCUUCAUAUUUCUUACACCUAUUCAGUCCUGCCAGAUCUGUGAAGGGGAGUGAACAUGGGCAGCAUCAGGGUGGGAGCAGUGUUCUGGAAUGUUUUGCAGUCUAGGUCAUCUCAAACCAGAGGGGGGAGUUAAGACAUGUGUUUACAGUAAACUAACAGAACCAAUGAAUGGUCAACCAUGACUGCUCCUCCACAUAACAAGGUGGUCCUCUUUAAAUACCUUACAUCCUGCAAUGAAACAAGCCAGUGUUUCAAGAGAGAGACAGCAAUGACAUAAAGCAAAUUAACCUUAUUCUUAAUAGGUUAGGGUUUGGGUUAUGGUUAGGGGUAAGGUUAUGGGGAAGGGUUAGGCUCAGUAGUUAAAAGGGUCAGGGUUAGACAUUUGGCAUAGCCAGAAAGUGACGAUCAUUAUAUGUGAGAAAGAAAACUGACUGAUGUGAUUGACUAUUCCUUCCUGUUUCCUAUUUCCUGUUUCAAUUACUUCCUGUUCCUGUGUAGGGUACGUAUGCCACCGUUUUUAAGGGUCGGAGCAAACUGACAGAGAACCUGGUGGCGCUGAAAGAGAUUAGGCUAGAACAUGAGGAGGGAGCACCCUGUACAGCUAUCAGAGAAGGUAACACACAGCACCCUAUAGAACCAUCAAACCUCUCUCCUAACCUCUGCUCACCCCUCCUCACACCACACAUACCCAAAAAAGUGUUCCAACAGGGCUGAGAUUUACUACAGUAGCUCAGUGGUCCCCCCAAAUAAAUAAAUACAAAUGUAAGAAACUCAGUCCGGCUUUCUACUUACUCUAGAAAGUUGGAAUAGUAGAAUGCACAAGGUGCAAUUUUUUAAUUGGGUAGUGCAUCAUCAUGUCAGUCACUGCAUACUUUAGAGAGCUAUUUAUAACUUGUCAGAAAUGUCCAGCUCAACUAGCCCAUGUCAGCUAAUGUUUUUUAGCUAGGUUUUUUAGCCCAUAGAAUUUGAUAUAAUGUUUGAGUUACUCAAAUAUCACAUGAACACACAUAAGACAUGGCAAAAUGUGUAGAAUUGCAGAAAAUAAGCUUUAAACAUGCAACAUUUUCGCUCUGCCAACAAGAGGGGUGUGAACAGUUUGUGUCAGGAACAGUGCUUGUGCCCAUAGAAAUGGGCGUGACGCCACCCAGUGGAGCUAAAAUGUCAUUACCAUGUCCUCCAUGCAGCCAGAGCUGCAUCCAACCAUUUUCUCUGUGUCUCUGCAGUGUCUCUACUGAAGAACCUAAAACACAGCAACAUUGUCACACUGCAUGACAUCAUACACACAGAACGCUCCCUCACUCUGGUCUUUGAGUACCUGGUGAGUAGUUCAAACAUCUUUCAAAUACUUUAUGGGCAGUUUAAUAACCAGUGUUAUAUCUGCUUUUUUAUAUAGCUUCAUGUUCAUGUUAAAGUUCUGAAAUAGUGUGUGUGUUUGUGUUUGUCUGUGUGUCUCUCAGGACAGUGAUCUGAAACAGUACCUGGACAACUGUGGAAACCUGAUGAGCAUGAACAAUGUCAAGGUUAGUCCCCCAGAGCCAUACAGCAGGUUUUCCUACUUACAAAGCAUGUAGAGGUCUGUAAUUUUUAUCAUAGGUACACUUCAACUGUGAGAGACAGAAUCUAAAACAAAAAUCCAGAAAAUCACAUUGUAUGAUUUUUAAGUAAUUAAUUAGCAUUUUAUUGCAUGACAUAAGUAUUUGAUCACCUACCAACCAGUAAGAAUUCCGGCUCUCACAGACCUGUUAGUUUUUCUUUAAGAAGCCCUCCUGUUCUCCACUCAUUACCUGUAUUAACUGCACCUGUUUGAACUCGUUACCUGUAUAAAAGACAUCUGUCCACACACUCAAUCAAACAGACUCCAACCUCUCCACAAUGGCCAAGACCAGAGAGCUGUGUAAGGACAUCAGGGAUAAAAUUGUAGACCUGCACAAGGCUGGGAUGAGCUACAGGACAAUAGGCAAGCAGCUUGGUGAGAAGGCAACAAUUGUUGGUGCAAUUAUUAGAAAAUGGAAGAAGUUCAAGAUGACGGUCAACCACCCUCGGUCUGGGGCUCCAUGCAAGAUCUCACCUCGUGGGGCAUCAAUGAUGAUGAGGAAGGUGAGGGAUCAGCCCAGAACUACACGGCAGGACCUGGUCAAUGACCUGAAGAGACCUGGGACCACAGUCUCAAAGAAAACCAUUAGUAACACACUAUGCCGUCAUGGAUUAAAAUCCUGCAGCGCACGCAAGGUCCCCCUGCUCAAGCCAGCGCAUGUCCAGGCCCGUCUGAAGUUUGCCAAUGACCAUCUGGAUGAUCCAGAGAAGGAAUGGGAGAAGGUCAUGUGGUCUGAUGAGACAAAAAUUGAGCUUUUUGGUCUAAACUCCACUCGCCGUGUUUGGAGGAAGAAGAAGGAUGAGUACAACCCCAAGAACACCAUCUCAACCGUGAAGCAUGGAAGUGGAAACAUCAUUCUUUGGGGAUGCUUUUCUGCAAAGGGGACAGGACGACUGCACCGUAUUGAGGGGAGGAUGGAUGGGUCCAUGUAUUGCGAGAUCUUGGCCAACAACCUCCUUCCCUCAGUAAGAGCAUUGAAGAUGGGUCGUGGCUGGGUCUUCCAGCAUGACAACGACCCGAAACACACAGCCAGGGCAACUAAGGAGUGGCUCCGUAAGAAGCAUCUCAAGGUCCUGGAGUGGCCUAGCCAGUCUCCAGACCUGAACCCAAUAGAAAAUCUUUGGAGGGAGCUGAAAGUCCGUUUUGCCCAGCGACAGCCCCGAAACCUGAAGGAUCUGAAGAAGGUCUGUAUGGAGGAGUGGGCCAAAAUCCCUGCUGCAGUGUGUGCAAACCUGGUCAAGACCUACAGGAAACGUAUGAUCUCUGUAAUUGCAAACAAAGGUUUCUGUACCAAAUAUUAAGUUCUGCUUUUCUGAUGUAUCAAAUACUUAUGUCAUGCAAUAAAAUGCAAAUUAAUUACUUAAAAAUCAUACAAUGUGAUUUUCUGGAUUUUUGUUUUAGAUUCCGUCUCUCACAGUUGAAGUGUACCUAUGAUAACAAUUACAGACCUCUACAUGCUUUGUAAGUAGGAAAACCUGCAAAAUCGGCAGUGUAUCAAAUACUUGUUCUCCCCACUGUAUAUAUAUAGAGUUCGGCCACCUUUUAGAAUGGACGCCAUGUUGCUGCCAUUGAGCAUUCCAUUUAUCCAUUCAUGACAAGUAUUUGGAUUCUAAUUUUAGAAGUUCAGUAACAUAGCAUUGUUUAAAAUUAAGAAAAAAUCCAUGAAUUGCUAUUGGUCAAUACUGCCCAUGGGGAGCUAACAUGGUUGCCGUAUGGAAUUAUUUGAUUGUACUGUGUCAUGUAAAUGCAUCAUAAUGCAGAACCCUCAAUGUCCUAACUCUCGAAAUAUAUGGCUCUGGUCACCCCUACUGAACACAGUUCAUCAUCAUCAUCUUCUCUUCUUCUCUCUCUCUCUGUCUCUGUAGAUCUUUAUGUUCCAGUUGUUACGUGGUCUGUCCUACUGCCAUAAGAGGAAGAUCCUUCACAGAGACCUCAAACCUCAGAACCUGCUCAUCAACGACAAGGGAGAGCUCAAACUAGCUGACUUUGGUAUGACAUGCACACACGCACAUACAUCAGAUAGUCUCCCCAUAAAGAUAGAUACACAGACAUUGGUAACUUAGCAACAGGUCUCCCUCUAUAUUAUCCCUAACCUUUUCAACACCCAUCCUGCAUGUAGAUAGUAGACCAGAUCAGUAGAUAAUAUUCCCUCUCGGAGAUCCAGCUCAUGACUGUUUGUUUGAUUGGUCAGGUCUGGCACGGGCCAAGUCUGUGCCCACUAAGACCUACUCCAACGAGGUGGUGACUCUAUGGUACCGCCCCCCUGAAGUACUUCUGGGUACCACAGAGUACUCUACACCCAUCGACAUGUGGUGAGUAGUACACUACACACACACACACACAGACACACACGCACACACCUCCAUUCUGACUCACAGAGACAGAGGCAUUUUAGCAAACCUCCUCUACGUGUCUGUCACAUUGAUUAACCUUCAUUAACAACAGUGGAAACCUAAAUGAGGGAAACCAUGUUUUGAUUAGAUGUGUUGUCCACACUAUACAUCAUCACAGCAACAUACAGUGCCUUGCAAAAGUAUUCUUCCCAGUUGGCAUUUUUCCUAUUUUGUUGCAUUACAACCUGUAAUUUAAAUUUAUUUUUAUUUGGAUAAUGUACAUACACAAAACAGUCCAAAUUGGUGAAGUGAAAUGAAAAAGAUUACUUAACGGAAAAGUGGUGCGUGCAUAUGUAUUCACCCCCUUUGCUAUGAAGCCCCUAAAUAAGAUCUGGUGCAACCAAUUACCUUCAGAAGUCACAUAAUUAGUUGUGUCCACCUGUGUGCAAUCUAAGUGUCACAUGAUCUGUCACAUGAUCUCAGUAUAUAUACACCUGUUCUGAAAGGCCCCAGAGUCUGCAACACCACUAAGCAAGGGGCACCACCAAGCAAGCGGCACCAUGAAGACCAAGGAGCUCUCCAAACAGAUCAGGGACAAAGUUGUAGGGGUUGGGUUAUAAAAAAAUAUCUGAAACUUUGAACAUCCCACGGAACACCACUAAAUCCAUUAUUAAAAAAUUGAAAGAAUAUGGCACCACAACAAAGCUGCCAAGAGAGGGCCGCCCACCAAAACUCACGGACCAGGCAAGGAGGGCAUUAAUCAGAGAGGCAACAAAGAGACCAAAGAUAACCCUGAAGGAGCUGCAAAGCUCCACAGCGGAGAUUGGAGUAUCUGUCCAUAGGACCACUUUAAGCCGUACACUCCACAGAGCUGGGCUUUACGGAAGAGUGGCCAGAAAAAAAGCCAUUGCUUAAAGAAAAAAAUAAGCAAACACGUUUGGUGUUCGCCAAAAGGCAUGUGGGAGACUCCCCAAACAUAUGGAGGAAGGUACUCUGGUCAGAUGAGACUAAAAUUGAGCUUUUUGGCCAUCAAGGAAAACGCUAUGUCUGGCGCAAACCCAACACCUCUCAUCACCCCGAGAACACCAAACGAGAUGUUUUUCAUCGGCAGGGACUGGGAAACUGGUCAGAAUUGAAGGAAUGAUGGAUGGCGCUAAAUACAGGGACAUUCUUGAGGGAAACCUGUUUCAGUCUUCCAGAUAUUUGAGACUGGGAUGGAGGUUCACCUUCCAGCAGGACAAUGACCCUAAGCAUACUGCUAAAGCAACACUCGAGUGGUUUAAGGGGAAACAUUUAAAUGUCUUGGAAUGGCCUAGUCAAAGCCCAGACCUCAAUCCAAUUGAGAAUCUGUGGUAUGACUUAAAAACUGCUGUACACCAGCGGAACCCAUCCAACUUGAAGGAGCUGGAGCAGUUUUGCCUUGAAGAAUGGGCAAAAAUCCCAGUGGCUAGAUGUGCCAAGCUUAUAGAGACAUACCCCCAAGAGACUUGCAGCUGUAAUUGCUGCAAAAGGUGGCUGUACAAAGUAUUGACUUUGGGGGGGGUGAAUAGUUAUGCAUGCUCAAGUUUUCAAUUUUUUGUCUUCUUUCUUGUUUGUUUCACAAUAAAAAGUAUUUUGCAUCUUCAAAGUGGUAGGCAUGUUGUGUAAAUUAAAUGAUACAAACCCCCAAAAAUCAAUUUUAAUUCCAGGUUGUAAGGCAACAAAAUCGGAAAAAUGCUAAGGGGGUGAAUACUUUCGCAAGCCACUGUAGCUAAGCUGUUCCUUCACUUAACUCGCAUGUAAGCCUUCACGCCUGAUAUAAGCAAUCACCAUGGUGAUCAUUUCUGCAUCACAUUCAUUUACCUUGAAUCUCCAAAGGCUGUUAUCCAGCAACACAAUACAGAAACUUUCAACUAAUUUGCAACACAUUAUUUUCAUCAGUGGAUGGGUCUCCAUCGGAGCAGAGACCCCUAGUGAUAAACAAAGGAAAUCAUUGUACUCUAUUACACCCUGGCUCGUACACAGGCCUGCUCUUUGAUUUGUGUGUGUGUCUCUGUUCUACUGACAAACCUCCCGCUAUAUGUCAAAUCAAAUCAAAUGUUAUUUGUCACAUGCUGUGUAGACUAAAAGUGAAAUGUUUACCCGUGUGUGUGUGUGUGUGUGUGUGUGUGUGUGUGUGUGUGUGUGUGUGUGUGUGUGUGUGUGUGUGUGUGUGUGUGUGUGUGUGUGUGUGUGUGUGUGUGUGUGUGCAUGAUGGUCUGGACAAUGUGAUGUGAGUCCAUAAGAGUGUGAGUGUGUGUGCGGCUCCAGGGGUUUGUUAUUUCCAUACACACUGUGAGGCAUUACCACCUCCUUUCAGGCAUUAGUCUCCAAAGAUCACGUUGGACGUGUUCCAGAGCAUCAAUACUGUGAUGUAUCAUGGGUCAAUUGUGACUGACUGAUCUACAAAUAAUCUGCUAUGUCGAACACGCCCUUUCACUUUUCAUUUCAAUCCUGUGUGUCUGUGCUUCCUGUGUGUGUGGUAAAGGGGCGUGGGCUGUAUUCUAUUUGAGAUGGCGACGGGUCGUCCCAUGUUCCCCGGCUCCUCAGUGAAGGAGGAGCUGCACUUAGUCUUCAGACUCAUUGGUAAUUCUACUCUUUCAUUUAUAGCACAGGGGGCAAUCUUGCUGGGGUAACUAGAUACAACCCCCCAUACAGACAUAGAAUAUGAAGCAUUUACAUUAACCUCUCCCCUCUCUCUCUCUCUCUCUCUCUCUCUCUCUUUCUCAGGUACCCCAAAAGAGGACAGCUGGCCAGGUAUCUCCAAUAAUGAUGAGUUCAGAUCCUACAUGUUCCCUGAGUACAGACCUCAGCCACUCAUCAACCACGUGCCUAGGUAACACAACCACAGCAUUACUGCAAUAAGACCACUCACCAACCACUAGCUCAGGUAACACAAACCACAACCCAGUAACAUAACCACAGUCUACUGUCCUCUCCAGGCUGGAUACUGAGGGGAUUGACAUGCUAACUGCUCUACUCCUGGUAAGAAACACAUCCACACCAACCUGUAACCACUAGUGUUAACCUCUUAAGGAUCUGACCCUUUUUUUUUCCAUUUUAGCCUAAAAUGACAUACCCAAAUCUAACUGCCUGUAGCUCAGGACCUGAAGCAAGGAUAUGCAUAUUCUUGAUACCAUUUUAAAGGAAACACUUUGAAGUUUGUGGAAAUGUGAAAUUAAUGUAGGAGAAUAUAACACAUUAGAUCUUGUAAAAAAUAUAUAAAUGUUUUGUUUUUUUGUUCCAUCAUCUUUGAAAUGCAAGCGAAAGGCCACAAUAUAAUAUAACAGUUUAGGUGCAAUUUAGAUUUUGGCCACUAGAUGGUAUUAGUGUGUGUGCAAAGUUUCAGAUUGAUCCAGUGAAGCGUUGCAAUACUGGACUAUUAUGUAUCAAGUCUGGCCAAAUGUGCCGAAUUCAUCAAUUGAUACAUUUUCAAGUACAUAACUAUAGAGAACAUACAAAAAUUAUAUGGUAAUACCAAAUGUAAGUUUACACACUCCCAGGAAUGUCAUACAUGAUGGAUCAUUAGCUUAUACACUAACUUUCACACAUCUAGAUGGCCGGGCGGGGUGGGUGUGGAGCCAGAGACAGCAGGGGUUCAAACUGUAGAACCCAGUUCCUACAUUUAAAUAUAAAAAUUGAUUUUAUCAAACAAAACUAUGCUACAUUUUAUCUCUGGGACCUUAGGAUGACAACUCAGAGCAAGAUUACUGAAUAUAAGUACAUUAUUUACCUUCAGAGGUGAAUGUAUCAAACCAUUUGCCGUGAUAAGUUUUUUGUUGUUGUGCACUCUCCUCAAACAAUAGCAUGGUAUGUUUCCACUGUAAUAGCUACUGUAAAUUGGACAGUGCAGUUAGAUUAACAAGAAUUUAAGCUUUCUGCCCAUAUAAGACAUGUUUAUGUCCUGGAAGGAUUGCUGUUACUUACAACAGUCAUGCUAAUUACAUUAGCGCACGUUAGCUCAACCGUCUCGUAUAUACGAGACACCGAUCCCGUAGAGGUUAAAUACCAAACCUUUAUUCUGGUGUUGUGUGUAUUUCCCUGUGUUAUUUCAGUAUGACACUAGGACCAGAGUCUCAGCUGAAGCAUCUCUUAGACACCCCUACUUCCUCAGUCUGGGAGAGAACAUCCACAGCCUCGCAGACAGUAAGACACACACAUGAAAUGUAUUUGACUUCAAUCAUGUGGUGAGGAUGAUGUAUUAAGUGGCAAUUUAUGUGUUGUGCUUUAUGCUCUCUCUCUCUCUCUCUCUCUCUCUCUCUCUCUCUCUCUCUCUCUCUCUCUCUCUCUCUCUCUCUCUCUCUCUCUCUCUCUCUCUCUCUCUCUCUCUCUCUGUCUCUCUCUGUUCUCUCUCACUCCCUCUCUCUCUCUCAUUGUUCUCUCUCACUCCUUCUCACUUUUUUUCUCUCUCUCUCUCUCACCACCACCCCCCUCUCUAGCCUCAUCAGUGUUUUCCCUCAGAGAAAUUAAACUGCAGAAAGACCCAGGCCACCGCAGCUCAGUGUUCCAGCCUCCA